CAACCACCGUAUUGGGAUUGGUAGUGCCAAACGGAGGAUUUCCAUGGCCAACUAUAGACCGUAUCUGGCGACAAGGCAACGAUUAGUACCAAUGGCUUGGAGCACAGAUGUUAUCCUCUCACCCGCCGCUUUGCUGCAUGAAGUUUGAUACGCAAAUGGGAACUGCAUUGAGAGAAGAGAAAUGAGGAACCCCGUCUGAUGACGAUGAAGGCAAGAGAUCCAACUGAGGACCCUCAAGAAGCCGGAGGUCCCGUCCCGCCCAAUACUUGGAAGUGAGCACUGUUACUGCAACAAAGCCACUCGUUCGUUCAUCUCAGCUCUACAAAACUACAGCCUGUCCCCCUUUCCAAACUUACCAUUGAGGCCAAUAUCAUCUGCACAGGAGGUUAAUCUUUGACUCUGAAAGCAAUUCUUGACUGUUUUACCCUUUACUGUCCCAAUUAUCUGCGGAAUUCGACCAACUAUCCCACCCAGCUCUGUCAUCUGGAGCAACUUAUCAUCUGCAGCCUCACCAGACGCUGCAAGGUCGAAUCAACUCGUCUACAAACCCCAAUGGUUCAUCUGGAGGUAUCUCGUCGAAACGGCGCUGCAACGCGACCAAACACCAUCAUGAAAGUUGGCGCCAGCUCGUCAGGACUUGUCGACCAAGCCGACCCCCUGUGUGAACACAGUUCUGUUCACAAUUGCGCGAACUUGAGUAAAGACGGGAGUGGUCUUUGCAUCAUGUGCAAGGCUUCACAAUGCGGUUAAAGAAACUGUUUGUCGACCUUGGCUGGCCAUCGUGUAGAUCCUCGGCGAUGGUGAUGGUGAGCCAUUCCUACACGACCCCAGGUCUUGUCUUAGCGCUCCGAAUCGAUUGAACAAGGCAACCUUGAGAGAACGCCUGGAGAUAGGUUCGUAACCGAUGCGGUGGUUCGGAUCAUGCGGUAUGGAAGGCUGGUAGGGGUCUGCCUGCAGAUACGCACACACUCACGCAAUCAUGUAAGACAUCCGCCUGUCUUGAUGAAGAACCUAGCCAGGCAUGGCUGUGGUUCCCACGUGCUGGGGCGUAACAUUAGCAGGGUUCAUUGGAGAAUCGGAAAGCAUAAUGCGGGAGGGGGUGAGGCUGAUGGGCUUGUAACACAAGGCACAGACAUAUAUGAACUUGGGCCAGUGAGAAAUGUCGGCUUGACGACCGGGAGUGGAUGGAAUUGGGGUCCUGUUUUUUUUUCUUCCCCCUUUCCUUGAGCAAGUCAGCAUAUAUCAAGAAAUAGUCUGCGAUUUGCACGUCUACUACGGCGGAAACUAUCUAUUGACCCAUAAUAUGGCCGUGAUAUUCAG